AUGCCGUCUUUAGCCGGCAAACUCCUCCGAGCUCCGGUUACCGGCCGGACGCCCUGCUCAGCCAACGUUGCCUGUGCCACCCCGCCCGAGGGUCCGUCGCUGGAUGAUCAGUCUGUCAUCAACGGCAAGAUUAUGCUGGGAGCUUUAUCGAGCAAGCUCACCAAGUCAGCACUCGUCGGUACACCAAAAAGAUGCUUAAUUCCGGACUGGAAGGAAGUCGUCCAGCUUGCCGAGUUCUAG